AUGGCAUUUAUUAUAGAAGAUCUCGUAGACGUAGAAAAAGGCAGCAAAAACUUAAUGAAAUGGAGAAAGAAGAAAGAGAACAAGCACAAAAGUUACAAGAGCAAAUGGAACAAUAUCAAAUGCAGCAGCAAGAAAAAAUGCAGAAAUAUCUACAAGUGCAGCAACAACGGCAAAGGCAGCAACAACUCCAAAUGCAGCAACAUCUCCAAAUGCAGCAGCAACUCCAAAUGCAGCAACAUCUCCAAAUGCAGCAACAUCUCCAAAUGCAGCAAGAAGCACAAAUGCAGCAAGAAGAACAAAUGCAGCAAGAAUCACAAAUGGGUGAAGAAUAUCCAAUGGGGGAACAAUAUCAAACAUGCGAACAAAUGA